CCGCCCGUUGACUGGGUGACAGCCUGGUGCCUUGACACACCGGCGGGGUGUCCAUAUACGCACACGCACAAUCCAACCGUGCAGGCUGACGAAGCUCCUUCACGAAAGUUUCAAGGAUGAUCCACUUGAGAGCCCGAACAUGGUUGCUCUUUGGAAGUCUAAGCGUGUUUAUCGUCCAUCUCCUUAUAGAUUUUACUGACCGAAAGAACAUUCACCUCCAAGCAGGCAUGAGAGAGGAUCGCAAUAGCGUUACGGAGGCCGCCAACAAGACCAAACACUUCACCUGGCCAAGGGAAGUUUGUCACCAAAACAUGUCUGUAGCCAACAUGUCAGGCUUUGCCGCUCUCCCUGGUGCUAUUAAAGACUUUCUGUACUAUAGCCACUGCCGGCGAUUCCGUAUCCUGCUGGACCUUCCUCAUAAAUGCGGCGGAGCUGAUCAGUCGGGGGAUGUUUUCCUAUUAUUGGUCAUUAAAAGCUCACCUGCGAACUACGAUCGCCGGGAGGUGCUGCGCAAGACCUGGGCUAAGGAACGAUUACACAACGGGGUUUGGAUCAAAAGAGUUUUCCUUUCGGGUACGACGAAUCAAGGCUUUGAGAAGAUGAGGCUGAACAAGCUCCUCCAAAUAGAGCAGCGCGAGUACAAAGACAUCCUCCAGUGGGAUUUUGCUGACUCCUUCUACAACCUCACCUUGAAGCAAGUGCUUUUCCUGGAAUGGAUGGAAAUAAACUGUCCAAAUGCUCGCUUCCUGUUAAAUGGUGACGAUGACGUUUUUGCCAACACAGACAAUAUGGUGGAAUUCCUCCAGAGCUUUCAAGACAACGAUGGAAGCAAACAUCUCUUCACUGGUCAUCUGAUCCAGAAUGUAGGGCCCAUUAGGUCACCUGGGAGCAAGUAUUACAUCCCGGUUCAGGUGCAGGAGUCGGACUCAUAUCCACCCUAUUGUGGGGGCGGCGGUUUCCUGCUGUCAGGCUACACAGCCUUAGUCAUCUACAAGAUGUCCCAUUCCAUUACCAUCCUUCCCAUCGAUGAUGUUUACAUGGGGAUGUGUCUUGCUAAAGCAGGGAUUGGCCCAAGCUCCCAUAUGGGGGUGAAGACAGCGGGACUGUACAUUCCUGCCAGCAAUCUAGACGGAUACGACCCUUGCUACUAUAAAGAUAUGCUGCUGGUCCACCGAUUCCUUCCGGCUCAGAUGUACCUCAUGUGGCACAGAAUACAUGAUCGUGCUCACAAAUGCGGUCCUUCUGGGGAGAAACUUGCAAUAAUUAAACAGUGACUCAUCAAUCAUUCAUCAUCAAUCAAUCAAAUCAUUGCAUUCACGUGCAGAGCAGGGGUGGUCCUCCAUGUCUUCAUGUGGAUGGUUUGAGCAGAGCUUUGCACUCAGCUGGUGAGGAUGACUGUCAACAACAUGGCCAGGCAGUCAGUCACACCCACUUCCCAGGACAUGGAGGAGCAGCUGUCCUGUCACUAGAAGGAAUCAGGUCAACUUGUUCUUAUGAGAAAUGUUUCACGAGAAAAACUUGAGCACUUAUUUACAUUCCAUCUUUGUCCAACAACGUAAGCAUUAAUCAUUGCUCGAUGAAAAGCCUUAGGUUAAAAACAAAAAAAAGAUCAAAUGUGUAUGUGAAAUAUCAAAUUGUUUAUUUUAAUGAAAAAAAUAAUUUGCAUUCUCAAAAUGUAUAUGUAUUUUUUAUUUUACUAAUUUGUUUUUAUUUGUAAUAAUGACUGAAAAAGAAUCAGAGUCAGUAAAUACAUUUUAAUCAAGCAAUUUUAUCUGGAAAAAUGGCAACAAAUAUUACAGGGCUCUUGAUGAUAUAAAUGCUUGGUGGCCAAGAUUAAAGAGUAGAGCAAUUAUGUGGCCCACUGGCCAUACUUUGCCCACCUCUGCUUAAGGUUGUACAAGUCGAAAAUAAACUAAUAUAUAUAUAUA